CAUGUAUUCCCUCCCUUGGCAGAAAUUAAACCUCACAAUUAUCCAACGCACGUCACUAGUUGCGACCAUUCUAUGAGUCCUAUCUGAUAGCUGGAACAUGCGAUAUUCCAGGUCCAAAUGACAGACAUUUUUGUAAAUAAUAGGUCACAAUGUUCAAAUUUUAUUAUCUUGACAUUUCUUCAUAAUUAUUCUUUUUUAUAUAUUCGCGAUUUACUUUCGAACGACGAGUCCAUGUCAUCUUUGGAGUACAUGAAAAAAGAAUGCUUCGCAUCUGGGACCCUGUCCUCGGCUUCUCUGAAAGGAACAAUUACCAAAAUUCAGAAAAGCAGACGUAAACGGAGAGUCGCACCAAAGACACAGGAAGAGACAGACAGCGGCUGCAAUAUUUGCAGUAACCGCACUGUUCGUCGCAUCUUGACUGCUUGUCUGCUCUCGUUUCUGGCUCUGCUCGGCUCAGUCUCCGUCAACCUCAGCUCCAACUUGGACCUGCUGCGCGCCACAGAGGCCGCUGUCACCGAGCUGACUUCAUGCAGGACUACUGCUAUUCUCCAACUCAUAGGGGAACUCCAAAACAGGAGAAGUCUAUGCAGAAAGUACAGGAGUAACGAGACACACCAAGAAAAGUGUACAAGUCCACUGACUAGCAUUUUACCAGUGAUCAUUCGACUUUGCACUGAUAUGGAGGGCCACAGAAACAGUCAGGGUCACCCAUGCAGCGAGGAGUUGGUGGAGUUCUCCCAGAAACUUAGGGAAGAUUUGACUGAAUUUCUGAACACAACAUGGGGAGUUGAGGACAACAAUGACAUGUCCGUGUUCUCUUUGACCAUUGUCAGACUCCUGGACAUUUGGGGGGACAUGGAACAGGACAUUAGCCAGGUCAAGCAGUUUUCAGACUGGAAAGAUGUCCUCUCACUGAGACUGAUGGUCACAUUCCUGGAACUCAACCACCAGUUCAGUGAAUUCCCUUCUGUAGGAACCCAAGUUGACUUUCACAAGAAGUGGAUCCAUGCCCUCAGCCGUCUAGCCUUUGCCCAGCUCUUGUCAGAAACGCUAGAGGACUGCUGGGUGGAGAACGUUCACCUAAAGCUCAACCUGACCAACAGCCUCAAAGUCGACCCAUACAUCUUUGACUCCACCCCCUGGCAGAUCCCAGCGAUUGACGCGGUGGGAACAGUGGGCAUCCUCACAGGCUCUCAGACUGGCAUCCAGGCUCUGAGGGAUACCCAGGCGUGCCUGCUGGCUGGGGCGUUGCCAGCUCUGAAGCUCCGAUCCAGGGCCAUGUUCUCAGGGCUCAGCAUGCGGAUCUCCCUGUUGACAUUGGCCUGCCUGAUCUAUCCGCUGGUGCUGGUGUCCUUCAAGCAGACGACGGAGUGGAUCCAGAACUAUGCAUGCAGCCUGCAGGAGAGGACCGAGGACCUGAAGCGCCAGAGACAGCUGGCCGAGGACCUCCUGCACCAGAUGCUGCCCAAGACCGUAGCCAAGCAGCUGAGACAGCAGAAGCACGUGGAGGCGGAGAGCUAUGAGAAGGUAACUAUUUUCUUUUCUGAUAUCGUUGGUUUCACCACUAUAUCGGCCUCCUGCACCCCUCUGCAAGUCGUGGAGAUGCUGAACAACCUGUACAUGUGCUUCGACACUCGCAUCGACUCCUAUGAUGUCUACAAGGUGGAGACGAUAGGCGAUGCCUACAUGGUGGUGAGUGGGCUGCCUGAGAGGAAUGGGGACAAGCACGCAGAUGAGAUCGCCAAAAUGUCGCUGGACCUGGUGGCAGCAGUUCGACAGGUAGCAAUCCCCCACAUGCCCAACAAGAGACUGCAGCUUCGCGCAGGCAUACACACAGGUCCAUGUGUGGCAGGUAUUGUCGGCUACAAGAUGCCUAGAUACUGCCUGUUUGGAGAUACUGUCAACACAGCCUCUAGAAUGGAGUCCACCAGCCUGCCUCAGAGGAUCCACGCCAGCUCAGCCGUAUACCUGGCUCUAAUGAAGGACGGUGCCUACGAGCUCCAGCUGAGAGGAGAGAUCGAGGUGAAGGGUAAAGGGAAAAUGAACACAUAUUGGCUGAUCGGACACAAGAACUACAGUGUUCAGAACGACAGUCUUGUGUGCCACUGGAACCCCAAUCUAGCCAGAAAAAAGAAGACAUUGGUGGGGAGCGACAUUUCUAUGGCGAACUCCUGUGUGACAGUGCAGAGCCUCAGUGAGAAUGCUACCACUCCCGUGCCUCAGGGCUCCAAGGCCCAGCAGGGGGCCCUGUGUGUGUCCGUGUCAGCCCAGGUGGAGCACUGUGCCAGCAGCUUCGGCACCCUGGGCUCCAUGAUCGGGGGCCUCCAGGGACUAGAGAGCCCCAGGGAGGGGAAAGCCUGUGGGGGGACGGGAGGAGACAAACCGGACCUGCUGCCUGGAUCUGGAACCAUCCCUCAUAUGUGAUGGAGGGCUGGGAUGGUAGGAUGGACUGGGACAAGAAACUUCUCUAAAACUAUAUUGCUAUGGUUUUUUCCUCUGGCUGUUUGAGUGGAGAUUCAGUUGAUUUUAAUGAUGAUGUAAAUACAGUAUAUUUAGGGAUGUGUGAAAGAACCACAAUGAAUAAAAGAAAGACUGUUGCUCUGAUAUCUGGUGUAGGUGUGUGUGCGGGUGUGUGUGUGUGUUUUUAUAUACAGAGUAAACGUUUUUGUAUCAACCCUGGACAGAUUGUGUUGUCAUUGUCCAUCUUUUUAUUAAGAUCAAACCGUCUGUGGAUGAA